CCAUGUCGGAAGAGGUAGAAAUUAAGACUUACUUUAAGCUGGUUGACGUUGUCAAAUGGAUCGGCAUAACGCAGUUCGAAAUACUGGUCAACCUGAUAGCCUUUCUCGUGUUCACGAUCGUGCUCACGGUGAAAGCGUCCAGCGGCGAGCUGACCGGCACACUGACGGUCAACCAGUGGUUGACCGUGUUUUCGCCGAUGUUCUGUGGGGAUUUCUGUAACAUCUACUUCUGCAUCAUUGUCGGCAUACGGAUGUACUUGGGCAAUAAGCAUCGGCAGGCAAUGCAUCGGUUAGUUUGGAGCAUACCAUCGCUGCUGCUAACGGCCGGAUUCAAGUAUCUGGUGUGCAUGAAACUGUCCGGUCUGAUUCAGCUCGAGUACAGUGAGGUGUUUUCGCCAAUCUUUGUACUGCUGCAGAUGGUGGCGGUAAAGGCGUGCCAGUACAACCAACAAUCCUGAUCACACGCCAACCAAACGCGCCGUGAGCUGCUAUCGUUCGGGAACGAUGUCGUUCUGGGUACGAUCAUUAUACAGUGAGAAGCUUU